AUGCUCUCGGAACCCAGAGUUAUACCACAAAAUGGCUGCCUCAUGGUCAGCCCUGGGCACAGACCGACCAUCAAUGCGAGGUACCGCCAGAUGCACCUAUCCCCGGGCUUCCUCACUACACCAGCGCCGGAUGGAGCACAUAGACACUCAAGCCUUGGCACCCGGAGAUCAGGACUGGUCCCCGCGGCCGCCUGCGAGGUUGCCCCUCAUACCGCAGCCCAACGAAUACACAGACCGCUACGGACCACUAGAAGCGACAGAGAAGCGGACACAGACUGCAGACUCACGCGAAGCCUAGUACAAGCGAAAUGGCACUCACCGGACGCCCCCAGUUGCGGGAGGCCUGAAGGCGGGCUGCGGUCGCUUCCCACAAUGGAGCCAGCGGCGAAAGUGAAACCUGUUAAUUGGCGGGACCAACAAGCAUGCACAUACCAGCCAACACAAAAGUACUGUGCUCGGGGGACUGUGGGGCUUCAAUACCGGGACAUCAGUGGUCUUCUCCUAUUGCUAAUGUCUCAUUAA